AUGCCGCGCCAUCGCGAGAUUUGCUAUGAGCUUCUCAUCAAAACUCCGGGGCUAUCGUUCCCCUACCUCACCAAGACAAGUCCCCAAUUUUCAAUUGCCUGUACAAGAGUCUUUAGCGGCUCACCUCUGCCACCAAACAGGACCCCAACGGAGGUAGAAGACAACAUCUGCGAGUUCUUAACCGAAUGUUAUAGCAACUUCCACUGCCUCACCAUUUGCCCCAACCACGAUCUCGUCGCGCCACCAUGCGCAUGUGAAGAAAAGGAGACUCAAUACUACGAUCACAUUGCCAGCAGUCUCAACAAAUCUUGGGAAAGACCUAUUGAUCCUAAAGACAUCAAAUUUAUAGUCGAAGCAAUCUUGUACGCUCGAAUCGAGGCCAUCAAGAAGAAGGGGAUUAAGAAUGAGAUCGGGCAGGCAUAUAACCUCAUCCUACUCAACGCUCACAUCCUCGUCUGCACAUUCGCGGAGUUCAAGCAUAGCCAUGGUUACCGUCCUGUGGACAGUCUUUUCUGGACUGUCACUGGUGCUAUUGAGCAGAAACAAGAAGCUAGAACGAGGGUGGAAACGGUUCUCAGGCAACGAAAGGCUAAGAACGUCAAGUCUGUUUCGGAUGCUGGAAAUCUUUCUGUGGCAGAUUCGGCUGUCACUCACGAAAGGAAACAAUGA